GCUGGCGCUAGACCUCACAGAAAACUUACACCCCAAACUCAACUAAAAUGGCGACGCCCAUAGAAGAUCUCGGUCUCCUCUCAAAAUGCUCAACAGCUGAUAUGGAGAAGCUUCUACACCAAGUAGCAGACAGCGUAGCUGGUCAUCAUCGUCCUCGAUAUCAAGACUAUGGGAAGAUCUGGAGCUUGGAUGAAUGGUUUCAAGUCAUACAGGGUUGCGAGACGUAUCUCAAGAUGGCCGUCAAGAAGGAUUCUACCAAAGAUGAAAUGAAAGCUGCAUUAAGUGGUCUGUCUGAGGAUGUACAAGAGCGGUUGAUGGAGUGUGUGUCGAUACGAAGGGAUGACCUUGGGAAAGCACUUAUUGGGAACACAGCUUCCAUCUCUCAGUCACAUCUCACUGACUUUGACUGGAAAUUGAAACUUGCAAUGUCCAGUGAUAAGAUCUCGUCAGUCCAAGAACCUCUUGUCAAUCUAGAUCUGAGUUUGAUGGAGGAUGGAACCAAUAGACUCGUCUCAUUGGAACUAGACAAAGAAGAACUCAGGAAGCUGGUAUCAUCUCUAGAAACAGCUAAUCGGGCUGUGCUGCAGCUAAAGACGUGAUGCCUUAGGAUUCUUGUGCGACUUUCAUCACAUCACAAUCUAGACAUUCCAUCAGAUUUGCAGUAUUGCAGAGACAAACAUUAUUUUUAUGCUCUGUGUUAUGAGAGAGCGAGCCAGUAGAAUUUCGUAGAUGGAGCAAAAUGGAGAGCAACAGCUGCAAUAUGUAAUAUAUGGAACAAGAUUUCAGCAUAACAAAGUGGAAUCAUGAUGGGAGAAUGAUUGGUGAAUGGAUCAGAACCGGUAUCACGACCAAGCAUAGAAGACUAUUGUUUAAGUAGCUUGUCAUAAUUAUACGCGGAGGAAGAAUUCCAGUAAACACUGCAGGGCUUAUUAAUAGAUCAAUAGCUGAUGUGGCUACACUGGAUCAAUAAGACCUUAUCAUUAUGUUUUAUUGUCAUUGUCAUUGUCAAAAGUAUACAACUAUAUUUUCUUCAUGUCUGGAAAUAAUUAUAUUUGUAUUGAGAAUACCGUAAGUGUACCCUACACUCUCUGUUGAAACAAGACAAUGUUUUUUGUUUUUUUGUUGUUACAUGACCCCCUUCGUUCAUUUGACAAAGAUAACUUACACAUACCACAC